GAUUGGCCGGACCGGAGUUAGCAGGCAGGAAGCGGGGAAGAGAGAUUCAGACUAGAGUGAGGGGAGCGCGAGAGAGGAAGAAGAAGAGGAGAAGCCGGAGGAGGAAGAAAAAGGAGGCGGCGGCCGAGGCUGUCUGGGAAGGGGUCACCAUGGUCCUGGAAAGCACGAUGGUCUGCGUUGACAACAGCGAGUACAUGAGAAAUGGGGACUUCCUCCCGACCCGCCUCCAGGCCCAACAGGACGCGGUCAACAUUGUCUGUCAUUCGAAGACCCGUAGUAACCCUGAGAACAACGUCGGCCUCAUAACUUUAGCCAAUAACUGUGAGGUACUAACCACUCUGACGCCUGACACGGGCCGCAUCCUCUCCAAGCUGCAUUCAGUGCAGCCCAAAGGGAAGAUCACCUUCUGCACGGGGAUCCGAGUGGCUCACCUGGCCUUAAAACACCGCCAAGGCAAGAACCACAAGAUGCGGAUCAUUGCCUUUGUUGGGAGCCCCGUGGAGGACAAUGAGAAAGACCUGGUGAAACUGGCCAAGCGCUUGAAGAAAGAGAAGGUGAAUGUGGAUAUCAUCAAUUUUGGGGAAGAGGAAGCCAACACCGACAAGCUGACGGCCUUUAUCAACACCCUGAACAGCAAAGAUGGCACCGGCUCUCACCUGGUGACUGUGCCCCCUGGUCCCAGCCUUGCCGAUGCCCUCAUCAGCUCCCCGAUCCUGGCCGGGGAAGGAGGAGCCAUGCUGGGGCUGGGGGCGAGCGACUUUGAGUUUGGUGUGGACCCCAGCGCUGACCCGGAACUGGCCCUGGCUCUCCGGGUGUCCAUGGAGGAGCAGAGGCAGAGGCAGGAAGAGGAAGCGAGGAGGGCCGCGGCUGCCUCGGCAGCAGAAGCAGGGAUUCCAGCUACCGGUGGGGAUGAUUCAGACGACGCCUUGCUCAAGAUGACCAUUGGCCAGCAGGAAUUUGGCCGAGCCGGCCUGCCUGACCUGAGCACCAUGACUGAAGAGGAGCAGAUUGCCUAUGCCAUGCAGAUGUCCCUUCAAGGAUCUGAGUUUGGACAAGGCGAGUUGGCUGAGGUGGACAGCAGUGCUGACAUGGACACAUCAGAGCCCACAAAGGAAGAAGACGACUAUGACGUGAUGCAGGACCCCGAGUUCCUCCAGAGUGUGCUGGAGAACCUGCCGGGGGUCGACCCCAACAAUGAGGCCAUCCGCAAUGCCAUGGGGUCGCUGGCCUCCCAGGCCUCCAAGGAGAACAAAGAGAAAAAGGAGGAGGAGAAGAAAUGACGGGGCUCCCCCCUCCCCCCUUCUCCUGUGCGUGGUUGGGAGCGUCUCCACCUUUGCAUGCCCCAGUACGCAUCGCCGAAUCCCCGUCCGUUUCCGUAAUCUUUCCUCUCCAGGCUAGCUGGGGAAGCCGUCACUAGGGUAUUGGGGAGAGCAGGUAGGAUCUCUUUUUGUGGGUUUUUCUCCCUCCUUUUGGGGGGUUGCGGUUCAAAAGGUAAUAAAGACCUUAAUUUUUCUCCA